CCUAUCUUAAUUUCAGCCGCCUCUUUUCCCUCCCUCCUCUUCCUCUCCAUCAGGUUCUUCAACAUCUUAUAUCUUCCUCUUUUUCUACAUAUUAAAUCUGGCAGACUCUGCCGAUACACGAUCCGUUUCCUGAAAAUCGGGUGUAUUUUCACAAGCUUGGUUUUAACACUCGCACUGUCUUCCUUUUUCAUAUAUACCUUAUAAUAAUAAUCCCAUUUUCCAAAACAAAUGUGGCGAUUAGCAUCAAGAAAAAUUCAAUCAAACGCAUUCUUCCCACUAUUAAAAAAGGUACGCCCCAUUUUACAAUCUUAUGAUAAUAAUGCUCAUUUUCAAGAUUUGAUUUUUAUCCCUCAAACAAGCCCUGUUAGAUGUAGCUCUACUGAUUCAGCUGUUAGUGAUGUGAUUGUUGAUCAAAAUGAUAGCUUUAAUAUUGGGGAAAUGUGGAAAAUCGGAAUCCAAGAGGCCAACGAUGUGUUCGAAACCCAUGUUUCCGACUCCCAAACCAAAGGUUUUGAGGCAGUGGUUGAUGGGCAUGAUUUAGAUAAGCUAGUAUCUCUUUUGAACGGUGUCGGUAAUAGGUCGUUGGAAUCGAGUCUUGAUGAUAUGAAUUUGGAUUUGAGUGAAGAGUUUGUGAUGAAAGUUUUGGAGAGUGGGAGAAUUUCAGGUGAGAAUUUGGUCGGGUUUUUUAAAUGGGUGACCAAGGCGUCAGGUGCUAGUAGUAAGACGCUUGAUGCGCUUGUGAGGGUGGUUUGUGGUGAGAUGAAGAAGAAAGUUGCAUAUAGUUUGUGGGAUUUGGUUAAGGAGAUUGGUGAGCAAAAGGAGAAAGGUUUUGUGACAACGGAAAUGCUUAAUUCGUUGAUAUCUUUGUUUUCGAGAUUGGGUAAAGGGAUGGCUGGGUACGAGGUGUUUAACAAGUUUGGAGAUUUUGCGUGUGUUAUGAAUGCGGAUACGUAUUAUUUUACUAUUGAAGCUCUUUGUAGGCGGUCUAUUUUUGACCGUCUUGGUUUGGUUUGUGAGAAGAUGAUUAGUGAAGAAAUAUUACCGGAGGCGGGAAAAGUUGGGAAUGUUAUUUCUUCUUUAUGUAAAGGUGGGAUGGUGAAAGAAGCUCAUUCGGUUUAUUUGUUGGCAAAGGAGAAAGGACGUCACCCGUCCCAGUCGUCUCUUAAUUUUUUGAUUAGUUCUUUAUGUGACCGGAAGAAGAAUGAUGCUUAUUUUGUUCACUUAGCAUUGAAGAUGUUGGAUGAUUUUUCUCAAGAUAAACGAAAAUAUGCAAUCAAACAGUUUUCCUGUGUUGUUCAAGCAUUGUGCAGGGUUAGUGAUACCGAGGGUGCAAAAGCUUUGUUGUCCAAAAUGAUUCAUGCGGGUCCUCCUCCUGGAAAUGCAGUCUUUAAUACGAUUAUCCAUGGCCUUUCUAAGUCGGGAGACAUGAAAGGAGCUAUUAACAUAAUGAGGAUGAUGGAAGAUAGGGGACUCAAGCCUGAUGUGUUUGCUUAUAGUGUAAUUAUGAGUGGGUACACAAAGGGCGGUGAAAUGGAAGAAGCUGCCAAAAUCUUGGCUGAGGCGAAAAAGAACCACUGCAAGCUGACCCCUGUGACUUUUCAUACAAUGAUUCGUGGGUAUUGCAAGCUUGAACAAUUCCGAAAGGCUGUGAAGUUGUUGGGAGAGAUGGAAAAGUAUGGAGUUCAACCAAAUGGCGAUGAAUACAAUAAGUUGAUUCAGUCUCUUUGCUUAAAGGCGGCUGAUUCGGGAACGGCAGAGAAGCUAAUGGAGGACAUGACAAAAAAAGGUUUACAUCUGAAUGGGAUCACAAAAUCACUUAUAAGAGCAGUGAAGGAAUUGGAAAAUGAGGCCAUGGUGACCAAAGAAGCAAGCGUUGAGGCAUAAACUUCAGUCUGUUUUUUGGUAGUAACCGAUAUGUACCAUGAAGAAGGCGAGCUGUGUCUCUAUUAACCUGCUCCAAGCUUUGUGGCGUUUUCUUUGUUGCUGGGAUUGUGGUUGGUUUUGGCUUGAAGCGACGUUUACG